AUUUGUUUUUCGCAGGAAGCUGAUCGGACCAUUAAUUCUGUCACCAUCAUGCACGUAGCUGGAUGCAAAAGUAUUUGCGACCUUUAAUACAGAAAAGAAGGACAGAGUGUAGUGUUCGAAGCGCAGUCAAAUAUCUUCCACCCAAAAACGACCAAUAAUCUGUGUAUGGAGAUGGCCAGUCCUCAGACAAGUCUGAAAACCCCUUUCAAAGACCUGACGUCAUUCAAAGGCAACAUGAAGAGACUUUACCGAGAGCGACCGGAAGAUGCGCCCAUUAAAAAACGAGUAAUGGCAGAGAUGCACCUGAAACGUCGCAGUCAGGAUAGCGUCCCCAAACCUCCGAAAGUGAAGAAAGAGCGUGAGGAGCAGACCGGCUCCGAGAUGGAUAUUGAGUUUCACAACGUUGGGCAUUCAAAGGCUUUAGAUCUCAGUGCCGGUCUCAAACACACCCUAGCUCAAUUCACUUUAAGCAGCCAGAGUUCUCUGGGUGGUCCUGCAGCCUUCUCGGCAAAAUCCGCCCAAGACCGUGCCUCUCCUGCUGGCAUGGCAACCCUACCGUCACCCCCAGUUCUGGGAGGAGGUCCGCUUUUGGUUCCCUGCGACAGCUCCACAGAGCUUACCCACUCUUUGCUGGAGGGCGAGUCCAUCUCGUGCUUUGUUGUGGGCGGCGAGAAACGUCUGUGUCUGCCCCAGGUACUCAAUUCAGUGCUGCGAGACUUCUCUCUGCAGCAGAUCAAUGCCGUCUGCGACGAACUUUACGUUUACUGCUCCCGAUGUGACGCCGAGCAGCUUCAUAUACUGAAGGUGCUUGGCAUCCUGCCCUUCAACGCACCUUCCUGCGGCCUCAUCACCCUGACCGAUGCCCAGAGGCUCUGCAAUGAUCUACUUCGCCCAGGGGCCGCCCUCCCAGCUGACCCCAACAACAAGCUGCCGGGGCACGGCUUGCUGAAAGAGAGCGGGGCCAGUUUCCAGGUGGAGCAUCAGUGUCUGGGCAAGUGCCAAGGCCUGUUCGUGCCCCAGUUUUACGUUCAGCCGGACGCCCCGUGUAUUCAAUGCAUGGAAUGCCAGCUGCUCUUUUCCCCGCAGAACUUUGUAAUGCACUCACACAAGUCCCCGGACAAGAGGACCUGCCACUGGGGUUUUGAUUCAGCCAAGUGGCCCUGUUACCUUCAGCUGGGCCGCAAGCACGAAGGCGCCCCCGAGGAACCCCAACUCAAGCAACUGCUGGAUGAGAUGAAAGAGAAGUUUCACUAUCAACUAAAGAGGCCUCUAGACAAAAAGGUUGUGGAUGAUGACAAUCAUGGGCGGAAAUCCAGCCCUGCCCCCUGCACCCCCAACAGCAAGAUGUCUGAUAGCGUCCUGGAGAAAAAGGGUAACUGCCAGUCUUCGCUAGCGUUCAGUCGACUGUUUCCUGAUAUCAAAGAGGAACCGGGACACGGACCUAUCAUGCACCCGAGUUACUACCUGUACACAUAUGAUAAGAUGGUGGCCCCGAACGUGUCCCUACGAAAGGAGGGGGAGGUGACCCACGAGGUGCUGGGAGCCCUGCUCAAACAACACUACAGUCGGAGAACGAUCGCCCACGACAGCCAGCCCACCAUAGAUCUUCCCACGUCUCCUUCCUCCAGCGCAGAGGAGGCCAAAUCCCAACACGCAGCCGAAGCGCACGAGCGCCGCCAUCCUCCUCUGCCGGUCGCCAUGGAGACAAGCCCGGGUGGCAAGCAGCACGCCCCCGCGACGGGCAGAGACAGCGCCAUGGAGGAUGACAAGGACAGGAUCAUGUUAGAGAUCGUGCAGAUGUACCGGCGACAGCAAGAGAAGCUCAACUCCACCCUUCAGAAACAGAUGCAGCUGGAGAUGGAGCUGGAGGCGGUACGCGGGGGUGAGGCGGCCAGGCUGAGGGAGUUGUCUGCGGAGCAGCUGGAGCUGCAGAGCGAGCUGGAGGCGGUGCACACCGAGCAUGCUCAGAGACUGGGGGAGGUGCGGCAGGAGCAACGGCAGCUCGAGCACCGACUGGAGCAGCUCAGACAGCAGAGCUGCGCAUGCCAGCCCAAAGAGCAGGAGGCGCAGUACAGCGCGCAGUUGUGCGAGCUGCGAUGCCGUCUUGAACGAGCGGAGGCGGAGCGACAAGAACUGCAGGACGAGCUGCGCAGAGAGCGGGAGGCCAGAGAGAAGCUGAAGCUCAUGAUCUCACAGCUUCAGCAGCAGAUGGCUCAGUCUGGAACGAAGGGGAGACACAGCAGCAGCCCUCCGACACCAUCCGCCAGCCCCCAAUCCCAAUAUUCCCAAUCUUCGCCAGCCCCCGAGGUAAACUCCGGAUAAACUCUCGUUUAGGAACCCGCUCGUCCACUCCCUGCAGAGUCCCGGACAAACCCUCUGCAGAAACGAGCGACUCCCGAAACGGCGCCCCACAAAAAGACUCGACGUUUGUAUUUAUUUAAACAGACUUUGUGUCUGACCCUUGACCAGUGAUUAAGCAUUUGUUUGUGUUUAUCUUUAUUUAUAACGGCGAUUGGACACAGCGGCGCUGGUUCUUUUCAGGACUCCACACCGCCUGUGGUGUUACUGAGCGCUUUCCCCAUCCGACUCUUUGUCCCCGCGGGCACUCGCUCCAAUACUACCUGUCACACGGACGCCAAACAUCCAGAGCGGCGGCAAGACACCGCAAAGACGUUUACCUUUUUUUAUUUUAGUGUAUAUCAAUGCAAAAAGCAUCAGUUUAAUAAUAUUGUCUAGAAUGCUUAAGUGAUUAUAUUUCAUAAGUGAAUCAGGAACAUAGAGGUGGGCCCCCAGUCGGUCUUUUCAGUCUGGCAUUGUUUAUAUGUUUCCUGUCUGACCCUCGCACAGGCUGGUAUAUGGCGCUUUCAUUCCUCUGUGAUGCAGUAAGCAAAGACUCGCAGUCGCCCUCUGCUGGAGAACAGAAUGAAUCAUUUAAACACAGAGGAUUAAAAAGAGAUCCUGUAGCAUCAUAGAAAACUCAUGGGUAGUUCAUUAUAUGUCUCCCAUUAACCGGAAUGUCUCAAACAAAGCACACAACACAUUAAAUCUGUCCUAAUCUCCCAUAAUGCAUUGCUAUUUUCUUUACUCGGAAGCGCUGAUAUAUUACCUGCAGUCUUAGAUCUUGAUCACUGUGUUCCUGGUGAAGUGGCUGUUACGCUCGGGUGUUUUUUUCCCGCUCUGUGUCAUUAUCCCGGUUGACUGAACAAACAGGCCUGCCAAAGAGAAGGAAAACACGGGGAGGCCACGGGAGGAACGUUCAGGCUUUGUCUCUGCUUGAAUGGGGCAGCUGUCAUUGAUGCCCAGGGGCCACACGCAGCCCCGUCUAUCUUUCAGUGCCCACCCGUACCGGCGGAAGCGGGUAGAGAGAAAAAGUGACGGUUUUGGGCUUAUUGUCGUAUGUAAAUCGAAAACUUUGGUUCACGUGUACAUAUAAUAGUUUAUAUAAAGCAUUCCACUGUGCACGGGAUUUCAAUAGCAGCCGAGCCGCGGCUAAUGUGUACAGUGCAAAACCUCUGAAGCGCACAGAGGAAAAUGUUAAGACGCCCUGACUGAUGUGAAUACAUCCAGCAAUGAAGAGUAAGCAACCCAAAAUGUACUGUAAAUCUGUUAUUGUUCAACCUUUCAUGGAAUUAUUCAGAAAUUAUUUAAUGUAUUAACUAAUAAAGAUUUAUAUACACUUUGUACAUACAGUAGUCAUUAAUAUAUUAAUUAAAUUCUUAUAAGUUUUCUAAAUAUAAAAAGCCUAAAAGACUCAAAGGGGUUGUUGAUGUACUGUAAGGUGGUAUGGGGAGCGGGAUGCAUGGUGCUGUUUCACUCAUUAGGGAACCAGAAAAGUGAAACGUGCUUUCCGGUGUCUUCCUUCACUGGAAUUAAUAUUUUGCCGACGUAAAGCUUUUCUGCUUCCCCAUUGGUUGACAGCUUUUCAAAAUCUAAACAAAUUUUUAAUAUAGAAGGGAGUGGAAUGCAUGUAUUGUUAACUAUAUUGUUAUGCUAAAACGCAGACUAAUUAUUGCAAAAGUGGUUUUGUACUCACAGAAGCUUUUAAAGAAAUGUUAUAUGUAAAAAAAACAGAUAGAGGGCAAAAAGCGUGCUUGAUGGCCAAAAUACGGUGGAGUUUUGAUACGAGACGAUGCGUGUGUGUAAGCAACUGUGUUUACUGAAAAGAGUGCUUUUUUAUGCGCAGUUUUUCUGUUUAAAGAUUAAGAGAUUGUAGCUUUUGUUCAGGCACUGUAAUAUAAUGCAUUACUACAGUGUGUCAACUACAGUUUCUGUACAAUCAGUAUUAGGUUUGUUAUUUCACCACAGUUACCUCUGUAGCAGCCGGUUUCAAUGCUGUUUUUGAUAGUUUCGGGUAUUAAUUGUAUUUCUGAAGCUUUCUAGAGUAAACCUUUUCAUUUGUACCAAUUUAACGGAAGGUGUAAAUUGCAUUUUGUACACGGGGGGGCGCUGUGUGUCUUUUAUGUAGAAUGCUAUGGUGUAUGUGAAUCGUGGGCAUGGGAAUACAGUCCUCUAUAGACUCUUCAACAAUCCUGAUUUUUGGCUUUUGCAGUGUUGAGCAACCUGAGAUAAUAGAGCUAAUAUUUUAUAGGUGUGAAAUAUGUAUCUGAUGAUAAUAUAGUUCGCAAUUCUCCCAGUGUAUUUAAAAAGGAAUAAUUCACAGGGGAUAAGAAAUACUGUGACUCCCUUGUGCUGGUUAUGUAAUGGGAAAUAGAGCAUUUUUAUAAUGGUUGUUGUAGUAAACGAAUGACUACCUACCAGCACAGCAUGUGUCUCGUAAUCUUUAAAUCACACCUUUUCUAAGCUGUAACCGAGAGAUUGUUUCUCCUUAAAAAAAUGAGUUCUUUUUGAUAACACACUGAAAUCGACACUGUUAAGAAAAUAAGUUUUGUAAACAGCAUAUUUCAAGUUGGGAUUCUGAAACAUGAUAUGCCGUGUUCGUGUGUAUCAUUACUUAUAUUGCCAAUCUUACCGUGUGAUUGAUGAGAGGUUUUUUGCUCUUGCAUGAAAAUGAGACGUUGCUCUCCUACCUCAUGUUGUGAUAUAAGAUGUUUUCUAAAGCAGAUGGCGCAUCUCAUGAUUGAUAUAUUUACUAGUUACAAAUACAUGUACAUGCUUUUAGCCAAUACCUCAGUUGUAUCUAGUGUUUUGUUUAUUUCCCCGACUUCAGAUAUUGUAAAUCUUGUAUAGACAAUGAACUUGGAUUAAAUUCAAGAAAAGUUC